UUAAGUUGAUGGGAAGGGUUUGUUGGGGUUAGUCAAGUAGGGCAGGGGUACUGUUUCAUGAAAGUUUCCCUCUGUAGACUCAGCUGGCUGUUUUUCUUCCAAUAUUCGUGUUUCAUGAGUCUUUGCAUCAAUCUGGUUUCCCAGUGAACAGAGUCAUCCGGCUUUGUUUCUAAAAAUCUGUCCUGUCCCUAGCAUGCAAAGUGAUAAUUCAGCCCUGUUUGAACUUGCCUAGAACAAUUUGUCCAGGUUGAAGAUGGAAACGCUAGAUUCAUCUGGCCCUGAAGCAGGAGGAGGCCAUGUGGGAACUGGGAGAAGAGAGGAAUUCUGGGGGGAAACAGUACUGAAGAUCUUGGGAGAGGACACCACCAGCUCAGAUGCCCAGCGCCAGCACUUCAGGCAGUUCUGCUACCAGGAGGCCGAGGGGCCCCGAGAGGUUUGCAGCCAACUCCGCAGACUUUGCCACCAGUGGCUGAAGCCGGAAAGUCACACAAAAGCUCAGAUCCUGGACCUGGUGAUCCUGGAGCAGUUCCUGGCCGUCCUCCCCCCAGAGAUGGAGAACUGGGUCAGAGAAUGUGGAGCAGAGACCAGUUCCCAGGCAGUGGCCCUGGCAGAAGGCUUCCUCCUGAGCCAGGCAGAAGCCAAGAGGCAGGAAGAGAAAGAGAAGUUGACAGGUGAAGUGGACACUGAUUUCCCUCAGGCAGAGAAGGCUCCAUUGGACAUUAGACUGAGGCCGCUUCCCAGGUGGAUCAUGCAGGAUGGUGAAGAAGGGACCACCUCACUGGGUAAUGGAAUAACACUGGAGAUUCAUCCCAGGCCUUCCCCUCUUUGUGGUGAAGUGGAAACGGUUUCUCUGCAGCAAACGGAUCAGGGCCUGAUAUCUUUUGAAGACGUGGCUGUGUGUUUCACGGAGGAGGAAUGGUCUUUGUUGGAUGCAGGGCAAGUUGCUCUGUAUAAGGAAGUCAUGGCUGAGAAUUGCAGGCAUUUGACCUCUCUGGCAUGCUGGGAGAGGGAGAAUGGGGAAGAACUCUGCCAGGUGUCCUUGAAGAGAAGAAAGAGUAUGGAGGUGAAAGAGCAGAGAAGGAAAACUGAAUCGGGACAGACAAGGCAGCAUAAACGCUUAACUUCUCUGGGCGGUAACUUCCUUGAAAGCGCAGAACAAGAAAAAACAGACAAAGGAAAGGAAAGGAGACAGUGCAAAGUGUGUGGGAAGAGCUUUAGCUGUAAAUCAACACUUACUACACAUCAAAGAAUCCACACAGGAGAGAAACCAUAUCAGUGCUUGGAAUGUGGAAAGAGUUUCGGAGAUAGGAACAGCCUUAGGUCACAUCAAAGAACCCACACAGGGGAAAAACCAUAUCAGUGCUCCGUGUGUGGAAAGUGCUUUGGCUACAGCUCCAACCUUACUUCCCAUCAAAGGAUCCAUACUGGAGAGAAACCAUAUAAAUGCUUGGAGUGUGGAAAGUGCUUCAGUCAGAGUGCAAAUCUUACUUUGCAUCAAAAAAUGCACACAGGAGAGAAGCUGUAUAAAUGCAUGAAGUGUGGAAAGAGCUUCAUGUGCUUUACGCAGCUUACGUCCCAUCAAAGAAUCCACACUGAGGAGAAACCAUACAAAUGCUCAGAGUGUGGUAAAAGCUUCCGUCACAAUGAAAGCCUUACAGAACAUCUUACAAUCCAUACAGGGGCCAAGCCAUAUAAAUGCUUAGACUGUGGAAAGAGCUUCGGUCGUAGCACCCGCUAUAGAGCACAUCAAAGAAUCCAUACAGGUGAGAAACCAUACAAGUGCCUGGAGUGUGGACAGAGCUUCAGACAGAGGACAAGGCUCAUGUCACAUCAGAGAAUCCACACAGGGGAGAAGCCAUAUCAGUGUUCAGUAUGUGGAAAGAGCUUCAGUGACAAGUCCUACCUGACUUCCCAUCAACGAAUCCACACAGGGGAGAAGCCAUAUAAAUGCUCAGAGUGUGGGAAGGGCUUCCUGCAGAGCUCUAAUCUUACUCUUCAUCAACGAAUCCACACAGGAGAAAAGCCUUUUUCAUGCUCAGAGUGUGGAAAGAGUUUCAGUCAGAAGCCCCACCUGACUGCCCAUCAGAGAGUCCACACAGGAGAGAAACCUUUUAAAUGUUUGGAAUGUGGAAAGAGCUUCAGUCGGAAGGGCCACCUUGCUUCCCAUCAAAUAAAACACACAGGGGAGAAACAACAUCGGUGCUCAGAGUGUGGAAAAAGAUUCAGUGAGAAGUACCGCCUCAUUUCCCACCAGAGCACUCACACAAAGGACAAACCUUUCAAAUGCUCAGAGUGUGAGAAGAGCUUCUGUCACAAGACAGGCCUCAUUAGACACCAAAGAAUCCACACAGGAGAGAAACCAUAUGAAUGCUCAGAGUAUGGGGAAAGUUUCAGACAGAAGCCUCACCUUACUUCCCAUCAAACAACUCAUACCAGGAAGAAAGCAUAUAAAUGCUCGGAGUGUGGAAAGAGCUUCAGCUGGAGUUCACAGCUUUUGUCACAUCGAGAAAUGCACACGAGGGAAGGACUGUAAUUGCAGAUACUGUGGCAAGAUUGUCAGUUGUGCCACAAACAUUAAGGGGUGUGUUAAGGGCAUCAAGAGACUUGAGUUGCUCCACGUCUCUGCUUGACUAAAAAAUUUACUGCCUUGAAGACAGUGCUGGAAAGGGUGGAGAGAGAUUGAGUAGCAUCAAGGUGGUAGAGCUUGUGUUGGGUGUGAAGGAGAGUUGGCAAUCUGUGCAUCCCCAGUUGAAAGACGGAGAAGAGACUGGCUAUUCACAUGGCAGGGAAUAUAGCGGGGAAAGCUGUGCUGUACUUACCUCCUCCACACACACCCAGACAGUCUCCGUGCCUGCCUGGCCACGUGGCACUCCUGGGAGCCAUGCGGCUUGCCAGUCCCGACCUCCAGGAAUCCCUGGGCAAUGCAUCAAGGUCUACGGGAAUCUCAGAAUGCACCAAGUAUGAUGCAUUUGGGGGAUUCCCCUGUCAGACAGGCACUCGAGGUGCCCGUCCCUGCGUCUGCUCAGGCUGGAAAUAGCCUGAGCAAACACACGACCACAGCCCUGGGGUUAAGAGCACCCUUGCACCCUUAACCUCGGCCAAGAGCCAGUGCAAAAGCAGGAUUAGGCUGGGUGGGAGUGAUCCCGGUGCUCCACGCAAGCAGCCUAACCCAGGAUGGGCUGCCCUAGCCUGGGUUAGGCUGCUCACGAAAACAGCCUUACUACGAGGAAAGGGUACUACAAGCGAGUCUUGUAUUUAGAUCAGGGCUGCUCAGUUUUGGCCAUCCAGAUGUUUUUAUACUACAAGGCGGUUCUCACGAUUACCAAAAACCAGGCUAAGGGAGUGUGCUGCAACAGGAGCCACGCAGCUCCCGGUAGCAAUCCACGCUAAUUCUCUUGUGUGUUGCCGUGGCGCAUGGCGACAUGAGUAGACCCCUGACAGGGAGGCUGCAAGCAGCCUCCCGGGCUCAAGGGUCUCUCCAGGAUGCCCUGCACGCUCACGUGGGGCAUCCUGGAACUUCCGGGGGUCGCAUGGCUCCAUGAUGGAGCUGGCGGUCAUAUGGGCAGCCGCCCAGGGCUGCCUGGUGAUUGUCUGCAGGGAGAAUAACCUCCUUACAGCGAGUCUCAUUGAUCGUGAGCCUCGCCUCUACAUCUCGCAUCUGUUGUUAUUUCUGUUUAUCUUCAUUCUCUCUCCUAAUUGGUUUUCACCUAACGAAUUACCUUACUUCAUUUGUUUGUGCUGUUUUAUAUUGAUGAUUUAGUUGAUCUGAUAUUGGUUUUUUCGUACUGAUUUGACUCCUCAAUAAGAGCAGAAUUUUGCAUUAUUUGUACUGUGAAGGUUGUGUAAUCUGUGUGAGAUGUUGUAAGUCUUCAUGGGCACCAUGUUUUGGGAAAGCAGCAUACAAAGAAGUGCAGCAAAUCAAACAAUGGACAGCUGUCAAUAUGCGCAGAAUCCUGUGAACCCCAGAACUGCUGUAUGGAAAGAACUCCAAGAGAAGAGGCUGUAAAAAUGCUCAAAAUAUGGCAGAAAUGUCCAUAUUCUGUACAUCCCUGGCUCAUUAAUGACUAUUGGCUAGCUAUAAAGAACCUGCUAGCUGUA